CUGUUAUCAAGUGCAUUCAAUCUGUAGUUUGUGAAGUUAUUAUAAUGUACAGCAAAUUGUGUACACACCGUGUUCACAGUUGAUUGUCAAAUCGCAGAAUUCAUUAGAAUUCUUGCUGGUACUUUUAAUCUGUGAGCAUGUACAUGACGUACAGGAAUUUCAAAUGUGGAAUGUAAUCUGUGUAAGAAUUUGCUUGUAAUGGUGUCUUGUAGGGUAAUUUAAAGUUUGUGUGUAUAAAACAACUAUAUUUUGAAGUCAAAAGUUUACUUUGUAGACAGCCAUGGCAGAUUAUUUUGAAGAAAUGGGCUGGGAGCCUUUGGGCCCAGGGCAAGCACCAGAUCAACUUUUGCAUUUGGCAAGAUUACUUAGGGACUUUGGGAUGUGGGAGGAGUUGGGACAUGGACAGAGACUGCCACCAUCUGCAUCAAAGGCUUCCAUUAUGAACUUGCAGGAGAAGGAAAUCAAAAUUUCUGGUGAACAGUGUCCUGUAUGCUUGAAAGAAUACACAGUUGGAGAAACUGUGAAAGUGAUGCCAUGCAAACAUUCCUUCCAUUCAUCAUGUAUAUUGCCAUGGUUGGAAAAGACCAACUCUUGUCCUCUGUGUCGUCAUGAACUACCAACUGAUGAUGAAGAAUAUGAAAUGUACAGGAAAGAAAAACUGAGAGCUAAACAGCGAGAAGCAGAGUUAGAAACGUUACACAGUUCUAUGUUUUCUUAACAUGUGACGUGAAAUAUAGUAAACUGCUAUACAAGAUGCAUAUACUUUUAAUAUGACAGUGACUUCUCCAGGGCUAUGCAAAAUGAAAUAUUGCUAGGUUGGGAAUGGGUCAUAUCAUCAUGUUGUUAAGACUUGAUCUUGAAAGUAUCCUUUGGGUGUAAAGUAGCUCAUACGCAGAAGAUAAUUUGUGACAUUCUCUGCAUUGUUAUUGGUGUAUAGAGUUUUAUUUUGCUGCUAUGUGUGAUGUGUUUUUUGCAUGAAAUGCCGCUCUUUAGAUGGACAGUUAUUGUUUAUUACAUGAUGUUCAUGUCUUCUGUAAGUGAUGCUGUUUUUGUAAGCUGGUUUAACUAUAUAAAUAAGUCUCCCAACUACAUAGUAUGAGCAGUUACUGCAACUUGUACUUGGGAGAUGCCUGGUAUGAA